AUGAAAGAUUAUUUUUAUUAUAUUGAUAACUGGAUGACAAAAAUUAAUAAUUUCUGUAAUAAUAAUUCUCAAACUGCUGAUAUUUCAAAUUCAGACUCUAUAAUAGGAGAAUCAAGCUACCAUAAAUGUACUGAAUUGAAUUCACCUCUACAAGUGCCACAAGUAACUAAUGAAAGUGCUAAAUUGAAUUCACUUUCACAAUCGCUACCGGUAGCUAAUGAAAGUGAUGAACUGAAUGCGCCACCGGUAGCUAAUGAAAAUAAUGAAUUGAAUUCACCUCUACAAGCGUUACCGAUGGCUAAUAAAAGCGCUGAUAAUGAAAGUACCAAAUUGAAUUCAUCUAUACAAGCUCCACUGGUAGCAGUACCGGAAAAAGUAUCAGUAGAAGCACCGUCAACAAAGGCACCAGUAAGAUCACCCACAUUGAAAUUAGCAGAAAAAGUACCCGGUGCAGAAGUGUUUGUAGUAGUAGAAACACAAACUUCAAAAAUGAAAACGCCGGUGGAAUCACAAGCAUUAGUUUCAGAAGUGUCAGAAGAAUCUCAAGAACUAGCAUCUACAUCAACAUCAUUAGUAAAAAAACGUAAACUUAACUGUGUUGAAAUUUCCUCGGAUGAGGAUGUUGAUGAAAGUGACCAUGAUGAUAAAACUAUUAUGAAAGAAGAAAAGUUGAAUUCUGCCCAAAUCUUUUGUUUAAAAAGGGAAAGAAACUACGUGAUAUUUUGUUAG